GGAGAACGGGAUAAUCGGGGAUUGCGGUGCUGAGGGGAGAACGGGAUAAUCGGGGAUCACGGUGCUGAGGGAAGAACGGGAUAAUCGGGGAUCGUGGUGCUGAGGGAAAGGAUGGUGGCUCUCCAUAGGCGCCUUGGGAAGGUGGCGGCAGUGGCCUCCAGCCAGAUCCAGCGUUGCGGGCGGCUUUAUCUUGUGGGUUUAAUCCAGUACCGAGAAGCGACAGGAUGAGAGGACGUGGCCCCGAGUUGCUCCAGGGAAAGCUUAGUUUGGACGUGAGAAAGAAUUUCGUCACAGAAAGGGUGAUCAGACAUUGGGACGAUGUCGGGCAAAGUGGUGGAGUCAGCGUCCUGGAGGUGUUUAAGGAAAGACGGGGUGAGGCACCCCGCGCCAUGGUGGUGGGUGUUCGGUCACAGUUCGACUCGAUGAUCCCAGAAAUCUGUUCCAGCCGAUUCGAGUCUCUGAGAACCACAGCACCCCUUUCCACGCCAGGAAAAGCACGGGGAUGCUCAGGCCUCCGGCCACGGGUGGAUUGGAUUGGCCAUCAGGCUCAAACAAUCCUCACCAGAAUCCAAUCAAGCAAUCACCCCAGGACUUUGUGGAGAUUGGGAUACUGUGCCAAACUACUGAAAACGAAUCAUUUUAGGACAGCUGCAUCAAAUACAUCAUUUCCAGCAGUUUGGAUGCUAUUGGCACAACAUUCUGGCAAAAUACCUGGGCUCUUUGUAGUAGUUAAAAAAAAUACUUUCUUCACAAUGCCCGAAACCGUGGAGGAUAAAACGAAUCCAGAACUGUAUUUGCCACAUCCUGGAGUGCGUGGGAUGACGCUGCUCAACAGAGAGGCUUUCAAAAGGACAGUGGUUGUUCCAGCUCUUAAAGUCAAGAAGGAAAUUGUGCAUAGUGUGCUGAAGUCCCUAAAACAAUCAGUACUGCAGCGCCCCGGCCUCAAGCGGGUGGUGGAGGAUCCAGAGGAUGAGGACAGUAGAUUUGUUAUCCUGGAUCCUCAUAAAGUACCGGAAUUCUCAUUAGGAGAGUCAGAGCAGCAGGCCCUAAAACAGCUCAAUGUCCAUCCUGAGGUGUCCAAGUACCACCUGGAGCUGAGCUAUGAGAAUUUCAAGUCGGAGGAGAUCCUGCGAGCCGUCCUUCCCGAGGGUCAGGAGGUCACCUCUGGAUUCAGCCGUGUUGGCCACAUUGCUCAUUUGAACCUCAGGGAUCACCAGCUGCCCUACAGACACUUGAUUGGCCAGGUUAUAAUGGACAAGAAUCCGGGAGUCACCUGUGUAGUGAAUAAAACCAAUAUUAUCGACAGCACGUACAGGAAUUUUGAAAUGGAAGUGCUUGCUGGAGAGAACAACCUGGUGACCAAGGUCAAAGAAAAUAACAUUGCCUAUGAACUGGACUUUUCCAAAGUGUACUGGAACCCGCGCCUGUCCACCGAGCACGGCCGUAUAGUGGAGCUGCUGAGGGCCGGCGAUGUUCUCUUCGACGUCUUCGCUGGCAUCGGGCCUUUCGCCAUCCCAGCGGCCAAGAGAAAGUGCCGAGUGUUCGCCAACGACCUCAACCCCGAGUCCUACACCUGGCUCCUGCACAACUGCAAGCUCAACAAAGUGGACACCAAGGUGAAGGCGUUCAACAUGGACGGCAGGGACUUCCUGCGGGGGCCGGUGAGGGAGGAGCUCAGCAAAGAGCUCCCGCUCCUGAGGGAAGGACAGAAAACUGCCUUCCACAUAGUGAUGAAUUUGCCAGCUCUGGCUGUGGAGUUUCUGGAUGUUUUCAGGCAUCUCUUGGUCGGGGAGCCCUGCAGCCCUGCUGGCCUUCCCACUGUGCACUGCUAUGGGUUCUCCAAACACAGCAACCCAGCCAGAGACAUUCAGGAGCGAGCGGAAGCUACGCUGGGAACCUCCUUGGCCGGACGCUGUUCCACUUUCCCGGUCAGGAACGUGGCGCCCAACAAGGAGAUGCUGUGCCUCAGUUUCCAGAUCCCAGCAGAUGUGCUCUACAAGAGGCCCUGCCCUGAUGAAGCAAAACCAGCCUCGAAACGUCUGUGUACCAGCCAAGAUUCUUCGGAAGAGAAGGCACUGAGUUGAAGACCAGACCUAUGGUGACUAUCUUAGUUUGUGUAAAGGAUAUUUGGGGUGUCUCUGUUUUACCCCUUGAGUAGUAAGGAGCAGACCUGUGUUCCUAUGGAGUUGCAGCUUUCUUUUGGGAGCCUUGCUUCCUGCAGUCACCUUUUCUUCUCAUUGUGGGAUCGAUUGGAAUUGCUACUACAAAAAAUUAAGAUGUUAUUCUCUUACAAUAAAUUUGUUUUGGUACUUC